CCCCGGUGACGCGGGGAGUCCAGCCCCCGUCGGGGCAGGGAGGAGCGGGAGCGCGCAGCGGGCGAGUGCCCGGCCCGGCCGUCUGGAGACAGAGAGGGGGCGCACCAGGGAGCCUGGAGCCCCAAGCCAGCUGCAGGGAGUGAGAGCCGUCCCGGCGGAGCUGGCUGGGGGGCGCUUCCCAUCUCGAGGUCUGUCCCCAGGAGGGCGAGCCACAGCCGUCCCCGCCCGGGCCCUGCCCACCCGCCGGCCAUGGCUAGAUGAUCCCGGCCCCGCGCCAUGCUGCAGUCCCGCGGCCGGUACCUGCUGCUCCUGCUGGGGGUGCAGCUGGUGGUGAUGGCGCUGCUCUACCAUGAGGGCUACCGCCGGCGGGUCGCCUACUUCCUGGGCAUCUUCUACAAGGGGGGGGCCCCGGCCGGGCUUGGGGGGCCGCAGGGCGCCGCCCACAACGCCUCGCUGCCCGGCGAUGUCUACGCCAACCUCAGCCUCAUCGCCCGGCCCCUGCUGCGUCCCGAGGAACUGCCCUACUGCCCUGAGACCUCCCCGUUCCUAGGGGGCCCGAUCCGGGUGACCUUCCCCCCAGGGCUGACCCUGGAGGAGAUUGUCCGCAAGAACCCCUAUGUGAGGGCCGGGGGCAGGUACCAGCCCCCCGACUGCGACCCCCUGCACCGCACGGCCGUCGUCAUCCCCCACCGCAACCGGGAACAGCACCUGCGCUAUCUUCUCUACUUCCUGCACCCCUUCCUCCAGCGCCAGCAGCUCGCCUACGGCAUCUACAUCAUCCACCAGGCAGGGAACUACACCUUUAACCGGGCCAAGCUGCUGAAUGUGGGGUUCAAGGAGGCGAUGAAAGAUGAGGACUGGGACUGCAUGUUCUUCCAUGACGUCGACCUCAUCCCCGAGGACGACCGCAACCUGUACACCUGUGACCGCUUCCCCAAGCACGCCUCCGUCGCCAUGGACAAGUUCGGAUACAAGUUGCCCUACAAGACCUACUUUGGGGGGGUGUCGGCUUUGACCCCGGAGCAGUACAUGAAGAUGAACGGUUUCCCCAACAACUACUGGGGCUGGGGGGGCGAAGAUGAUGACAUCGCUGUGAGGGUGGCGCUGAGCGGGAUGCUGAUCUCCCGGCCCUCCAUCCAGCAUGGCCGCUACCGCAUGAUCAAACACGGCCACGACAAGGGCAACGAGCAGAACCCCAGGAGGUUUAACCUGCUGGCCAAGACGCGACGGACCUGGCGCCAGGAUGGCAUGAACACCCUGGAAUACCAGCUGCUGGCCAAGGAGCGCCUGCCCCUCUACACCAACAUCACCGUCGCCAUCGGCACCGAGAAGGGCCUGCGCCGCCCCACGUGACCUCUCCGCCCGCAGGGGGGCCGGGACUUGGGGGGGGCGUGGCUGGCCCCCAUUCCCCCCGAUCCACCCUGGACUGAGCAACCAAAGAUGCCCAGCUGGAGGGGGUGGGGCCUUGGGCUGGAGCUGCUGGGGGGAGGGGGAGGGAUUGGGCUCAUGAGCUGAGGCAGGGGAUGUGGGGUAGAGCGGGGCCCUGAUUGGGGGGCCCCCAAGCUGGUGGGGGCUCUGUCAGGGGAUGGGGCCCCUGAUGCCCCUGCUGUUGGGCGAGGGGGGAGGGAGUCAGGCCCUGACUCCCCCCAGAGCCAUUCGCCAGGGCUGGUUUUUUAUACAGAUGUCUCUUGGGGGGGGCGGGGUUUGUCUCUUGGGGGGCAGGGUUUGCUGUCCUGCCCGCAGAGGGGGCUGCCCCCCUGUGCACAGACUUUCUUAUUAAAGUGCAAUUUAUUUUACUGCA